UUAUAUUUUUAGAGUGUGCCGGCUUCCCAGGGCAAGAACUAAUGAAAACUGUGAGGCGGGUCUAAGGCACGGUUGGUUGUGUGGCAUUUGUGUGCAUUGAGCUGACAGCAGGACUAGGCAUACUACUUCAUGAUGGGUUCCCCGCUAACUGGAAGCCAGAUUCGUGAACAGUUUAUCGAGUUUUUCAAGAAUAAUGAGCAUAUGUAUGUUCAUUCAUCUUCAACAAUCCCACUGGAUGACCCAACCCUGCUGUUUGCCAAUGCUGGAAUGAACCAAUUCAAGCCAAUUUUCCUGAACACCAUUGAUCCUUCCCAUCCUAUGGCUAAACUGAUAAGGGCUGCUAACACUCAGAAAUGCAUCCGCGCAGGGGGCAAGCACAAUGACCUGGAUGACGUUGGCAAAGAUGUUUAUCAUCAUACAUUUUUUGAAAUGCUGGGGUCAUGGUCCUUUGGUGAUUAUUUUAAGUCUCUUGCUUGUAAACUGGCCCUUGAUCUGCUGACGAAGGAGUUUUGCAUUCCUCUGGAAAGACUGUAUGUUACAUAUUUUGGUGGGAACAAAGAGGCUGGCCUUGAACCAGACACUGAAUGCAGACAGAUAUGGCUCGACUUAGGGGGAGCUUGA